GAAACCCAUUGGAAGGUACAAGGCAUUUCUUCAUGCUAAACAGAGAGAAGACAACUGGAGGCCUUCUCAGCAUUCUCGUAUUUGUAGCAGACAUUUUGAGAAUGGGAAGAAACUUGACAUUCCAGAAUCAAAAAGCUAUGUGCCAACAUUGGAGCUCCCAAAAAAAUCAUUUCAGACUGCUAGACGUAAAAUUGUUUACAGGGGAAAGAUAGGAAAACAAAACAGUUUAUUAUUGGCGAUGUUGGCAGCAGAACCUGAUCUUGAUGCUUUCAAAGAUGAAGAGUCUAACGUUCACAUUUCAGAACAGACACCUAAGAGUUUUACUGUGGACAGGGGAACCCAGUAUGAUGUCUCUGAUAUACCUGUCAGCACUGUACCACCAACUGAACAUGACUACUGUUUUCCUGUAACGAAACCUGCAGAAUAUAUGGACAUUGAUUCUUUGAAAUCAUACACAAAAUCUUUGGUGGAGAAGCUUGAAAAACAGACUGAUAAACUAACUGAUUUGAAAGCUAGAAUUGCAAAUCUGAUAGCAGAGGUAGAGUCGUAUCGCAGUCGGGAAUUUACUCUUGGUAGUAUUAAGAAUGAUGACAAAGCUGUUAACUUUUACACAGGUUUUCAAUCGUAUAAUGCACUGAUUGCUUUUUAUAAGUUCCUUGAGAGUAAGGCUGAAAAUUUACAGUACUGGAGAAAUUCAAAAACUACGUCAGAACCACAGUAUUAUCAGACUUUGGGCAGAGGGAAACCAGGUCGUAAACGUACCUCUUGUACUUUAAAUGAAUUGUUUAUGGUACUGGUUAGACUAAAAGUAGGCUUAUUUGUUGAAGAUAUCUCCAAUAGAUUUAAUAUUAGUUGCAGUACAUUUUCAAGAACUUUUACUACAUGGAUCAUUUUUUUGUAUUAUGAACUAAAACUACUUUUUCCAUUCCCUACUCAGUCUCAGAUUCGAAAUACCAUGCCAGCAGAAUUUGUGCAGUAUCCAACCACGCGAAUUAUUAUUGACUGUACAGAGUUAUUUGUUGAAGUGCCCACAUCUUUAUUAGCGCAAAACCAGACGUGGUCUAAUUACAAACACCACAAUACAUUUAAGGCUAUGGUGGGUAUUUCUCCAAAUGGCGCAGUAACUUUCAUUUCUGAUUUGUACGGGGGUAGGAUAUCUGAUAAAGAAAUUACAAAGAAGUCUGGUCUGUGUGAGAUAUUGGAGUCUGGCGACAAUGUAAUGGCCGAUAGGGGAUUUGAAAUUAAAGGUAUUCUCCCUGCAGGGGUGGAUUUAAACAUUCCUCCAUUUAAAGGCACCAGAGCAAAGCUGACUGCUAGGGAAGUCCAAGAUACCAUGGAUAUUGCAUCUGUGCGUAUUCAUGUAGAACGUGCUAUAGGCCGAAUUAAAAAAUUAUCAUAUAUUGGAUGGGGGUCAUCCCUUUAA